CCAAUCUGGUAGUUAAGUUGUUUUUCAAAUUGUAUAUGUUUCAAUCGCUAAUAACUCGGUAAUAACUAGCCUAGAAUACCGUUGCUAACUUAGCUUGUUUUGGACAAUCAUUCGCCGCUGUAGACUUUCCUCUUCCGCGCGCUGCCUGUUUUCUAUUACCUAAUUGGCUCAAGUGCUUCCAUGUUCCUGCGCAUGAUUGGUUGAAUGUAUUGUCUAUCAUUGUAGCUAGUGCCUAUUGGCUAGAUGUUUAGGCGUAAGUAACGAUCUUGACAAAGAGUGACACACUUCUGGGUUUAAUCGAAUUAUUGUUGUUUUAAUGAAAAGUAAAGUAGGUGCAAUCCUUUAAAGAAGUUAGCACUUUUCCUGGUGAAGUGGUUCGUGACAUAGCGACAACAAUUACUUUAUGUGUCGUGUUUUAAGCGAACUGUAUUUCGUACCGCCGUCUGAAUCUAUGGAACUUUAUACAUUUGACGUGACCAAAACAACCACCACUGGCCGUCAUGUGCUUUAAUACAAAACCAUUGUACUGAAAUCUGGAUCCAAAGUGUUCGGAUAAUCACCCAGCUGUGACUGGCUGUAAGGAGUGGUGAUGAAAUCCAGUGGUCCUCUGUUCACAAGACAAAAUCCUUUCCAGUCAACAUCCAAAGUAGGAAACACGCACUACUACCCAAGCCCGAAGCUGUCCACAAAAAAGAAAAAGACAACAUCAAGUACUGUACGUUCAAACCAGCAACCCCCUCACCAACCACAGAGCGAAGAUGUGGGAAGUAUGAAAGCUACACAUGAGCAGCCUGUUUUUUUUGAGUCCUGGCCAUCCGCUGAAGAUGGAUCUCCUCCUGCCAACACUUCAACUACAUCUGAUGUGCAGACGUAUGCACAGAAGGCAGUGGCAGAGAAAUUAGGAAUUUCCUCACAGCCAGGAGUUCAGGAAAAUUCAACACUGGCAAAAUACAUAGAGCGUUUUCGCCAUGGUCGACCACAGAGUCGAGAGGAGCGCCAACAGUCAGCUUCUGCCUUUGGAGAGGAGGGUUUGCCUUUUUGGUGGAGGUCAACUCCGUCUUUGCUGUCCACUUCUACGCCAACUAAAACAAAUGACAAUGAUCACUCUCUCCAGCCCGUGGAAGACGACGACAGGCCUGACCUUUUUAAUCCAUCCGACCGCCACCAUGGUGACAGAUCUCCUUCACCGUCCAGGGAAUCUGUUUUGUCUGACACUUUCCACAGUGACUCUGAAGUCAUAGAGAUACUACAGUUACAAGAGAGAGCCAGAAGACUUCUGUUGAGAGGAGAGGGAACUCUGAGUGAGGAAUCUGUCCCAGUCACCUCAGAGGGCCUGGGGAGUUCAGAUUUCUCUGUUCCUGUCAGCGUGGAUGAACCAGUGCGAAGACCUCAGAUUCCUGGUCUCAUAAAACCUCCUGGUGUCAUUCCAAAUUUGGCAUCGACUACGCUCCCUGAAGAUGACAUAUUGUUCCAGUGGCGUUUAAGGAGAAAAAUGGAGCAGGCGAGGGAUUGGGCUCAAUCCCAGCAACAACACACUCGUCAUGGUAACAUCUUUAGCUGGCAGCCCUCUGUGUCGUUCAAUCCCCCUGGUGGUGAACAGGAUCAUCCUUGCAAGCAACCAGGAGGUUCCCAAGUUCCUGAAUUCUCACAGAGAGAUUCCUGUCCACACGUCUCUGCUCUUCUUAAAGGAGGCCCAGGAUCAUCUCACCCUGGUCCCUCUUCCUCCUCCGCCUUUGUUGUCUCUGACUCCUCUGUGUCUCCACAUCAGCCCUUAGCCCACGUUCCUGCCCACAUGCAUUUUCUCUGCGAUGUGCUGCCCUGUUCCAUCCAGUUAUCCCACGCUAGCACGCAGGAGAACGCUUCACACAAAAUGCAUGAAAUUCAUUCUAAUAUUGUCGUUAAAAAGCCUCACACCCCUGUCGACACAGCCAAUAUUUUCACUCAGGAGUCUAUUUUUGAACGUUCCCCAACACGUGCAUCAUCUGAAGCUGCAGAAAAUGAGCGGCUUCUUCAAAACACAAUGUCUGGGAAUAAUUUAAAAGUGAAAACUCAGAGGAAAGGCUCCCACGGGCAGGAGAAGAAAAGCAACAAAAAGCCAAAGAAAGCAACAAGAUACACCGUUGAGGAAGAGCACACUGAUGGUUGUAACUCCACAAAGAAAAGUUCUUUGCAACAAAAACCUCCAAAAAAAGUCAUGUCUGAGACGGACCUGCAGCAGAGUCGGAUAUUAUCCAUUCAAAGCUGUGUUGAACCAGUCGCCCCGCCUUCUCCAGUUCACAAAGCAUUGGCACAGGCCGUUUCAGAAAUGCUGUACCCUCCUGUGGAUCCAUCUCCUGAUCAAAGGUUGUCUGACUCGGCUGUUCCACCUCCUCUUCCUCCAGCUACCGUCUCAACACCUCAACAAACCCCAGUUCUUCAGUCUGACAUGCACAACUCUGCUGAGGUCAUUUCUCAGCUGCUGCGGGAGACCGAAGAUUCUGAUGAAGAAGAGUUUGAAGAUGACCCUCUGUUGCAAGUCCUUCGUAAACAACGAAAGUGGGUGAAAGGACAGAUCAGUGAAGUGGAGGCUCUGUUAGCUGCAUUUCUUGAUGAACAACAUAUGACGUGAUGACAUUUUUUAUUUUUUUAUUUUAGUAAAUUAAUUUGAGAUUUUUUACUUUCUAGGGAUUUUAACAAUAAAGACUUUGAAGAUA